AGAGGUGGGCUGCUGGCGGUAGCGUUUGCCCCGGGCGUGCGGUUCGGCCACCCGCUACGCUCUAGGCCCACAAGAUGGCGGUCUCUCGGUCUCUCACUGAUGCCCUUGAGGGCUACGGGGUAGCAGGAAGGCCAAACUUCAUCGCAGGUUUAAGCUUCGCCAGCUAUAGGGCGGGUUUAGUCUCUCCGAUGCAAACCAACAAGACAUUACUUGUCCCUAAGCGCAUCUCUAUGCACAUGUAAGAAUAAGGCCCACUGAACACAGCGGAAAUUACUUUUGGGGGGCAAUGUUCAAAGCUGACCUGAGAUGGCCACAAUUAAUUUCACAUGUUUGAAGGCAUAUACUUCUGGAGUACAAGCAUGUGGACAAUUGCUAACUAGAAGCAGAGCCCUGAAGCACCUCAGGCAGCAAAUUCGACAGCUCAGGUUCUGCCACUGUGGCUCUUCAGCAUUGCAAACAGCAUGUUCAAGGAGUGGUUUUCAGCAUGUGUUUUGCAGAAACUACCAUGUGGAACUGGGAAACCAUCCCAGUUCUGUUACGAGAACGGUGCAACUCCAUGGUGAAGCUGGGGACAAUUUAAAAUCUCAUAGCAAAUGGGCAGAUGAGCAAAUGUUGAAGGAGUUGAACUGCUUCGCGUCAUACAAAGACCUUUUCAAAUUUGUACGUUCGUUGGAAAGUUUAUCUGACACCAUGGUAGCAGCUGUCCUUCAGCGGGUGUGUGAUGUCCAACUGGAGGACAACAUGCUGCAGAAACCUGAGGAGGUGAUGGAGGAUGACGUCUUCAGGUCACUUUGCUUCCAGCUGGAACGAGAAUCUCAAAAUCUAUCUGACUCUGGUCUUGUAAACUCAUUAAACGCUUUGAUAAAGUUGCGUGUGGACCCCUGGAGCACCUUGAUAGUACGCCUGGUCUCAGAGAGCCAGGAGCGUCUUGAUAAGGGCCAGAUGACCAUUCGAAAUUUGUGCAUUCUUGGAGAAGGGUUAUUUAGUCUGGAGGGUCCAGGCUCUGCUAUGUUGGAACAAAUCAUGAACCAAGUUCAAAGUGCAAACCUUACGGACUGGAAGCCUGAUGAAAUGGCCAUGGUCUACAGAAUCCUGCAGCUGGGUGUAGGGGGGAAAGGGAAAUACCAAGACCUAUUAAACCAAAUGAACAAUUUCACCGUAAGUCAAGUUUCUCACUUCAAUCCCAAACUGAUAAGUGCAGUAUUAAACGCUCUGGUGGUUCUUGAUCAAACCCAAGCUAUUCCCUUGGUGAUAAAGCUUUGUAAGCAUUCGAUACGGCACAUCCCAUACUUCACAGAGGAUGAAAUCGUAAACGUGCUGGAGGCUUUCAUUCAUUUUGGGCACAACGACCAGUUCUUCACAGAAGCUCUGGAAAAACAUGUUGCCAAGUACGCCUUCACCAUGCGUUCCGAUGCAAUCUCCAAAGUCAUGCAGUAUUGCAGCAGGAAGCACAUCCGCUCCGAAACCAUCUUCAAUGCAGUGGCAGAAAGUUUUGUCUACAACGCUGACAACUUCACCACCUCCCAGAUCGCUGAGCUGGUUGUCCCAUUUGGGAAACUCAACUACUUGCCGCCAUCUGCUGCAUCCCUCUUCCGAAAGCUGGAAAAGAUACUCAGCACUCGGUCUGCUCAGUUUCAGCCCCGUGUCCUCUUGAACCUUCUUCAUGCAUGUACCCUUGUUGAGCGCUAUCCACUAAAUUAUCUGGCAAAAGUAUUUAAUCCCUAUUUUCUGCAGCAGUUGCAAGCUGAAGGACCUGGUUUGGAGAAGGCGGUUCUUUCUCAAUUGACUCAGCUAUUUCUAACAGUUACACUGGAGUGUCCAUCCUAUGAGGGUCCCAAACUCCUUUCAAAAUACCAAGUCCGGUCCUUUCUCACUCCAGGCCAAUCGCUGGAGUCCUCGGUGGACAUUCACCUCUACAGCAGAGUGAAGGCCGGCCUGAUUGACCUCCUGGGGGCCCGAAUAUAUUUUGCCUCCCACGUGUUGACACCGUACUGCUAUACUCUGGAUAUUGAGAUUAAACUUGAUGAAGAAGGAUUUGUAUUACCGGCGAACAGAUAUGACGAGGCGUACCGAAGGAUAGCGCUCUGCAUUGAUGGCCAAAAGAGAUUUUGUGCCAACAGUCACAAUCUUCUUGGAAAAGAAGUCAUUAAGCAAAGGCACCUGCAGCUCCUUGGUUAUGAAGUUGUGCAGAUUCCAUUUUUUGAAUGUGAGCCAUUGAACAACAGAAAUGAUGUAUUGAAAUAUCUGCACAAGAAAAUCUUUCCUAACUCGUAUAGACUGAGCUGGUGAUGGAAUAGAAUCCACAGGAUGUCUGGAGGCUGUGGUUGAUUUUUGUUUGUUGAAGUACUCUGAUUUUUAAACUAAAUGAUGGGAUUGAUUUUAUCUUGUUUUCAGGUUCUGUUUUCCAAUGAUAUGAAGGGAGAAGGUGUCAAAGAAUUGUAACAUGCAAAUAAAUUUAUUUAAUUUU